CUCAAUCAAUCGAUAAAUACUGCAAAAUAUUUGCUUAUUAAUUAUUCAACUUGUGCUCAGUUUAUCAACAUAGAAAAAUUGAAAAAUGGAAAAUAUAGAAUAAGACUCAAUUUUUUAUGAACAGAUGACUAAUUCUAUAAAAUCUGAAGACGUAACUCCUUCGGGUGUUAUUUUCGAUUCAACAGCUCAAACCAAUGAUGAUUACAGAGGAUCUCGACCGGCUUGGAAUCGUCAACUAGAUUUUAUAUUCUCUCUCAUAGGGUAUGCUGUGGGGGUAGGAAACAUAUGGCGAUUUCCUAAUUUAUGCUAUAGGAAUGGAGGAGGUGCUUUUUUGAUUCCUUACAGUUUGAUGUUAUUUGCCUGUGGGAUUCCGCUAUUUUUUCUCGAGGUUUCACUGGGUCAAUUUUCUAAUAAAGGAGCCAUUAAAGUGUGGGACAUAUGUCCACUAUUUAGAGGUGUUGGGAUAGGAACCCUGGUCAUUACAACUAUCUGCAAUGUGUAUUACAAUUUACUUAUCGCUUUUAUUCUGUUUUACUUAUUUUCUUCAUUCACCUCGAUGCUUCCCUGGAGUCAGUGCAAUCACAAAUGGAAUUCUCCUUCUUGUAUCGUGCUAAAAGAUCAGGUUCACAGGAAUGAAACUAUGAUUGGAGAUCUAAGGAGUAAAUCUACUUCAACCUUCGAAUUUUGGCAUUAUAAGGUACUAAAUAUAUCCGAAGGGCUUCAUCACAUGGGAAGCAUAAAUUGGAAAUUAGCUGGAUAUUUCAUACUAGCAUGGACCAUAGCAUACCUAUGCUUGAUCAAGGGUAUUAAAUCCACCGGAAAAAUAGUGUAUUUUACUGCUACAUUUCCAUACGUUAUGCUGACCAUUUUGCUUAUAAGAAGUCUUCUCCUGCCAGGGGCCUUCAACGGAAUCUUAUACUUUAUCAGACCCAAUUGGAAAUUAGGAAGUCAGCGAUUUGUGGACGACAUACAAUGCAUGUUAGAAGGAAAUUUAAAAGGUGCCCUUGUUUGGAAAAUAUUAUGGUCCGUUGUCAACCCUAUAAUUUUAUGCACUAUUAUAGUUUCGAAUAUACUGUAUCAUGUACCUAUUAAAUAUGGAAAUUACAUAUAUCCUCAAUGGUCUAUUAGAAUGGGCUGGGCCAUCAGUUGUUUUAGCCUGAUCCCCAUUCCAAUUUACGCUAUUUGUUACCUAUAUUGCUUUCCUGGCGAAACUUUUAUAAAACGUCUUAAAAUGUCUCUUCGGCCAUCAGAAUGGGAUUCGAUUCGUAGCGCAAAAGCCAGACCUGUUAUAAGAUUCGAAUUGCUGCCGAAAGAGAUUCAAUAA